AUGGGGGGGGGCGGGGCUGGGGGGGGGGCACCGUCCCGCGCGCUCUCACGCCCCCUCUCGCAGGUGCUGCUGCACGUGCUGUUCGAGCACGCGGCCGGCUACGCGCUGUUCGCCGUGCGGGAGGUGGAGGAGAUCAGCCUGCUGCUGCCCCAGGUGGAGGAGAGCAUCCUGAACAUCGGCAAGUUCCACAGCAUCGUCAGACUGGUGGCCUUCUCCCCAUUCAAAUCCGCCCAGAGUGCCUUGGAGAAUGUCAAUGCCAUCUCGGAAGGGAUUCUCCAUGAGGACCUCAGGCUGCUCCUGGAGACCAACCUGCCGGCCAAGAAGAAGAAAGCGUUGCUGGGAGUCAGCGAUGCCAAAAUUGGGGCUGCCGUCCAAGAGGAGCUGGGUUACCAGUGCCAGACUGGAGGGGUCGUGGCAGAGAUCACGCGAGGGAUCCGCCUGCACUUCCACACCCUGGUGAAGGGCCUCACUGCCCAGUCGGCCUCCAAGGCGCAGCUGGGCCUGGGGCACAGCUACUCACGGGCCAAAGUGAAAUUCAACGUCAACAGAGUUGACAACAUGAUCAUCCAGUCCAUCAGCCUGCUGGACCAGCUGGACAAGGACAUCAACACCUUCUCCAUGCGCGUCAGAGAGUGGUACGGGUAUCACUUCCCAGAGCUCAUCAAGAUCGUGAGUGACAACUACACGUACUGCCGCCUGGCCAAGUGCAUCGGGAACCGCAAGGAGCUGAGCGAGGAGAGUCUGGAGGGGCUGGAGGAGAUCGUGAUGGACAGCGCCAAGGCCCAGGCCAUUCUGGACGCCUCUCGGUCAUCCAUGGGGAUGGAUAUCUCCCCCAUCGACCUCAUCAACAUCGAGAGCUUCUCCAGCCGGGUGAUCUCGCUGUCCGAGUACCGCAAGGGCCUGCAGGAGUAUCUGCGCUCCAAGAUGGGCCAGGUGGCUCCCAGUCUCUCCGCUCUCAUCGGGGAAGUGGUGGGCGCCCGUCUGAUCUCCCACGCCGGCAGCCUGACGAAUCUGGCCAAGUACCCGGCCUCAACGGUGCAGAUCCUGGGGGCGGAGAAGGCCCUCUUCAGGUACAGCUGCAGGGUGGUCGUGGUGAUGGCAGGUUCCUGGGCCGCUGGGCUUGACACGUUGGCCAGACACGGCUGCAUGCGUCAGUGAUAAACCAGCCCCAGUCUCUGAGCGACCACCGAGGCUUUUCCUUCACUCUUGCUGAACGGUUGGGUCUGUCCAGGGAACCUAUGCAGCAGGUUAGCUGUUCUGAUCACUUGGGGGGUGGGGGGAGGGGGAGUGGCGGGCAGAGGCUGAGAGACUAGUGCCAGCCAUGCAGGGGUAGCUGGGAGGUGACCAGCACCUGGCCUGGAUUUCAGGCCUGGCUGUCACAUGGAUCUGACUCCUG